AUGCCUCCUCGCGUACCGGUCCCCUCGGACUUUGAGGCUCUCCAAAAGACGCUGCCUCACACCCUACACUUCCCCUCGCCCCCAGAGAGCGUGACGGCCAUACUCAUCCUCCUCCAUGGCCUCGGCGACACCCACACAUCCUUCUCCUCCUUCGCCAAGGGAAUGAACCUGCCUGGUUUUCUGGCCAUCACGAUACGCGGCACAUCGCCACUGCCCGCCGCGCUUCUCGAAGGUCAGGAGGAAGGAUGGCACUGGGGCGAUGAUCUGACCGUGGAUCAGAGGACGGGUGGUAUCGACCCGGAUCCAGGCUUCGAGGCCGCGCGCAAGAGGAUCAUGGACGACCUGGUCGAUGGACUCCUCGUGGGCCAGCUCGGAUGGGAGAGGGGUGACGUGCUCUUCUUCGGCUACGGCCAGGGCGGCUCCUUGGCCCUUGGCCUGGCGUCCUCUCUACGGUCGGUCCCUCGGGUCGCCGAGGUCACAUCCCCCCUCUCGUCCACGCCGCCGUCGCCGGGGACGUUCAAGGGCAUCGUCUCCAUUGGCGGACCGCUCCCGAACUCGAUGAUUCCCACCCUGUCCAGCCGAGGCAAAAGCAGGACGAGCGUUCUUGCGGUGCAGUUUGAUGACGAUGAGCUUGACGCUGCGAAGCGGGAGUUUGAGCAGAUACAGGCUGUCAAUUGGAAGAGGAGAGAGGUGGGCAUGCCGGGGGACAGGGAGGAGAUGUUCCCGAUUAUGAAAUUCUUUGCAGAAAGGCUGAAUAGCGGGUUCUAA